GAGACACUUACCCCAGUACAAGAUCUUUAAAGCGUAGUUUAGCUUCACGUCCUUAACGCCACGGCUAAAAUUAACCAAUCCCGACCAGAACAAUCGCACGCACGUGAUACCAGUUACCACAGCAGCCUCUGUCGAUUAUCUAAUUUACUACCGGACGGUAAAUGGAGUAGGUUUAGCACAGCAGCCCCUGUCGUCUCUUUCGCCGCUCCUCCUCUAUUAAUAAACCCUCACACUCUUUCGCCGCUCCACACACACGCAACAGCGCAAGGACUGCCCAAACCGCAUCACACAAGCAAAGGGGACAGCUCGAUAUCAAAUUAGCAAGCGAGCAAGAGAGAGAAGGGGAUCGAUCGAUCUAGCGAGAUGAAGGUGGAGGUGGUGGAGUCGACGCUGGUGGCGCCGAGCGAGGCGACGCCGCGGCACGCGCUGUGGCUCUCCAACCUCGACCUCGCCGUGCCCAAGACGCACACGCCGCUCGUCUACUACUACCCCGCGCCCGCGGCCCCCGACGCCGAUGGCGGCGAAGACGCGGAAGGGUUCUUCGCGCCGGAGAGGCUGCGGGAGGCGCUGGCGAGGGCGCUGGUGCCCUUCUACCCGCUGGCGGGCCGGAUGGCGGUGGGCCCCGGCGGCCGCCUCGAGAUCGACUGCAACGGCGAGGGCGCGCUCUUCGUCGUCGCGCGGGCCGACUUCACCGGCGACGAGAUGUUCAGGGACUUCGAGCCCUCCCCGGAGGCGCGCCGCCUGCUAGUCCCCUUCGCCGCCUCCGGCGACCCGCCCUGCGUCCUCGCCAUGGUCCAGGUGACCUUCCUCAAGUGCGGCGGCGUGGCCGUGGGCACGGGCAUGCACCACGUGACGAUGGACGGCGCGGGCGCGAUCCAGUUCAUCCGGACGUGGACGUCCCUGGCGCGCGGGCUGGACGCCGCGUCCGUGUCCCCAUCCCCGCCAUGCCACGAGCGCACGCUCCUGCGCGCGCGCUCCCCUCCCAGCGUCACCUCCGAGCACCCGGUCUACUCCCCGAGUAACCUCAACGGCAUGCCGCGCCCGUUCGUGACCCGCGUCUACGCCGUGCCGCCCAAGCUCCUCGCCGACAUAAAGUCCGACUGCGCGCCCGGCGUGUCCACCUACUGCGCGGUGACCGCGCACCUGUGGCGCGCCAUGUGCGUGGCCCGGGGCCUGGCCCCGGACGCCGAGUCCAGGCUCCGGGUGCCGGCCAACAUCAGGCAGCGCCUGCGCCCGCCGCUGCCGGCGCACUACUUCGGCAACGCCAUCGUGCGGGACCUCGUCACGGUGCGCGUGGGCGACGUGCUGUCGCAGCCGCUGGGGUUCGUGGCGGAGCGGAUCAAGCGCGCCGUGGCGCGGGUGGACGACGCGUUCGUGAGGUCCGUGAUCGACUACCUGGAGCUGGAGUCGGAGAAGGGCAGCCAGGCGGCGCGCGGGCAGUUCAUGCCGGAGACGGACCUGUGGGUGGUCAGCUGGCUCGGGAUGCCAAUCCACGACGCCGACUUCGGCUGGGGCCGCCCGGAGUUCGUGGCGCCCGCGCAGAUGUUCGGCAGCGGCACCGCCUACGUCACGCAGGCGCCCGACAAGGACGACGGCGUGUCCGUGCUGUUCGCGCUCGAGCCAGAGUACCUGCAGUGCUUCGAGAAGGCCUUCUACGGGGAGUGAUCGACGAAUGGCUACGAGCCUUUAGAAGAAGAAGAAGAAGAAGAGCACAAGAGCCCCCUGGGCAUCGCGAGGGAGAGAGACUAGUCCCGUGGGUGUGCUGUAUCAUAACGCAGGAUGCUGCUGUGUUGGUGUGAAGGUUGCUGCUUGUUUCUUCCGCCUUUCUUCACUAAGACAUCGUCUAAGUAUCUAUACAAAAGUUCAAAUGAGAAUAGCCACAAGUUUGUCUAUCUUGUUAGAACUUGAGAUUCAUUAGAUUAAACUUAA